CGCGCCCAUCCGUCAGCGGGCGCUGUUCUUCUCUUACCCUUGACUGAGUUGCAUGUGUCAUCGGUUGUUCCUGAAUCUGAAGGCUCUUCUAUGAAAAGACUAUGUGGAAAAAGCAUACCGGUGAAUAAUGCUUUCCCGAAAGUUCUCGGUAGUAUCAACUUCCAUCACACUCUGUCUCCUCUGAUAUUUUGUGAGAAGCUGUUGCGCGUACUACCAAGCUCACUCUUCAAUAUAUUGGCAAAAGAUAAGCUAAGCGACCUUUUUUGUCCUCAACUUAUCUACACAUUAGCGGAAGAAAAUUCUCGUUGUGCCGCCCUUGGCGUCAUGUCAAUGAGAACUCCUAUGAACUUGUCACCACCUGAUUUCGUUUUGUUUGAGACAGUUCUGCGAACGCAGAAUCUGAGGAAAUGGCCCGUUAUACCGCUCUCAAAGUUUCCAAAGGUAUGA